AUGGCAGAACCCGCAAGAGCGUUAAAGAGCUAUGGAAAGAAAUCGUCUCGAAUUGUGGCGCCCUCACGGGAACAUGGAGGAAAAUUUCAAGCAUGGAACAGAACUGGAACAUAUGCAGAAAUUGGAAUCUACAUUUUACAGAAAUCACUAGAAUUGAAUGCAUUAAAGAAGAACACACACAGAGAGCUAGUAAGAGAACAAGACAUACAAAUGGCAGGAGAGGUUGGUUUAAGUGUACAAGGAAAGAUGGGGGAGUUGCUGAUUGAGCCAAUUCAACGAGAACUUGGCUAUUUCUCCUGUUUUAACAAUAACUUUCAAGAGCUCCAAACUCAACUAGAAAAACUAAAAGCAACAAGAGAGGAUGUACAACAAGCAAGGGAAGAUGCAGAAAUCGUCAAGAAGGAGAAGAAGUUAUCUGUCGUUAUCAUUGAGCUUGUUCAAUCUGGUGCUCAGUUGCCACAUACGGGUCGCUCCUUACCCGUGUCACCCAUAAAUAUAGGCGAUUACAUUGGAGAUGCUCGUGAUUUCAACAGACGAAGUCAGAUUGUGGAAGACAUCAUUGAGAAGUUAAGGGAUGAAAAGACAAUGUUAAUUGGGAUAUGCGGGAUGGGAGGCAUUGGAAAGACUACAUUGUCCAAGCAAGUCCUCCAAACGGUACAAGACUUCCCUAAGCCUUUAUUUGACGUUCAAGUUAUUUCGACUGUCUCCAAUAGUCCCAAUUUUAAUACUAUCCAACAAGAAGUCGCGGAGAUGUUAGGGUCUUCACUUAAAAAAAUAGAGAAUGAAAUUUUAAGAGCAGAACAAUUACGAAAAGCUUUUAGUAUCAAAAAGGUUGUUGUCUUGUUGGAUGAUGUUUGGAAAGAGUUUGAUUUAAAUGCUUUUGGACUGCUCCUCGCGCUUGAGGUUGUAGAAGGCGCUCUCGUUAAUAAGAGAACAUCCGCGUGGAACGAUAUGCUUUUCAGGUUGCAGAGUCAACAACUUCACCAUGACAAGAAAGACAAGGUUGUGCAGACGAGUUAUGACUUCUUAGAAGAUCACGAAGCUCAAUGCUUGUUCUUGCUCUGCUGCUUAUUCCAAGAGGACAAAUAUAUUUCUAUCCAAACGUUGUAUCGUUAUGCAGUGGGUUUGCAACUCUUCAAAGGUAUGGACCUACACCGUAUAAGUGAUCGUGUCGACACCUUAUUAGAGGACCUAACAAAGAGAAAUUUGCUAAUAAAUGUUAAAGAAUAUGCAGUGAAGAUGCAUGAUGUGGUGAGAGAUGUGGGAAUUUCAAUUGCAAAACAAGAAAAUAACGGUAUUAAUUAUCUUGAGUGUGAUGGUAUGGACGAACUAGAGAAUAUAGAUACUCCACACACUAAGAUGAUUUCAAUAUUGUUUAGGAAGAAUAGUUUAGAAGUCUUUAAUACCAUGAAAUUUCGAGGCUCAAAAUUGGAACUAUUAUGA